AUGGGGUGUGUGAAGUUGUUCAGAACUGUGAUGUUGAUACGACAAACUCAAAAUGGGUGCAGACCCUUUUCAGAUGAUAAAAAUGUGUUGAGGUUCUUGGAUGAGCACAGGGGGCAUGAUGAAAUUACAUUCUACAUUGAGAAAUUGACAAACGUUCCUGAAACUCUAGAUGCCCUGGUAAUUAACAAAGAUGUGGUAUAUGAUGAGGUUGAGAUAGCCACUCCACCUGAGGUUACUCAACCUAAGGUUACUGAACCUGAGGUUGUCACUGGAUCUGAACAUAUUGUUGAGGAAAGUGUUGUUGCUGAAAAUAUCAGAGGCCCAAGAAGUGUUGCUGCUGAAACUGUUGUUGGUGAAAGUGUUGUUGCUGAACCUGUUGGAGCUGAAAGUGUUGUUGCUGAACCUGAGGUAGUGAGAGGGGAUGAAAGUGUUGUUGCUGAACCUGAGGUAGUGAGAAGGGCUGAAAACCUAGAAAGUCCAGCUGAGAGUGAUGAAGAGAUUGAGAAUGUAAAGAGGAAGUUUCCAAAGUUCAAGGUGGGAGAUGAAGACGUUGUGAUCAAAUUUGAGGUGGACCAGGUAUUCACUAAUGCUAAUCUGUUUAGAAAUGUUGUGAGAGACUAUGCUCUGCAGAAUAAGAAGGAUCUUGUGUUUAAUAAGAACGAUAGGAAGAGGAUUGUGAUAAAAUGCAAGGAUGAGUGUCCAUUUUACUUGAGGGCUUCCAAGCAUACCCCUCACAUGAAAAUAAAAGCUUUGGCUGAGGAAGCUAGAAAUAGGUCGAGUGUGAGGUUGAGCAGAUAUCAAGUAUCUAGAGCUAUAGUGAAGGCUCUAGCAAUGAUUGAAGGGGAAACCUUGGAGCAAUACAAGCAUCUCAGAAGUUACAGUAAAGAACUUCGACUCAGCACCACAAUCGCAAAUCCUUAUUCCUCGAACAGACCCAUGGAUCAUGGAGCUUCCACUUGA